GAGGAGCAUUGGGCUCUGCCACAUAGUCACAACACGGAGCCGCUUUAGCAUCGACUGCUACUUAAACAGGCCCUGUGGCCAUGGCUAAAGAUCCAUUAGCAGAGGCAGGCUUCUAUUUUGAUGAACUCAACAAGCUACGGGUACUGGAGCCUGAUGUCAGCCAGAAGACUUCAGAGCUCAAGGAGGAGUGCAAGGAGUUUGUCGACAAAAUUGGACAGUUUCAGAAGAUAGUUGGAGGUCUUAUUGAGCUCGUCGAUGAGCUGGCAAAAGAAGCAGAGACAGAAAAAAUGAAGGCCAUUGGAGCGAGAAACCUGCUGAAGUCUGUGGCAAAGCAAAGAGAGGCCCAACAGCAGCAGCUUCAGGCUCUCAUUUCAGAAAAGAAGAUGCAACUUGAGAGGUAUCGUAUUGAGUAUGAAGCCUUGUCUAAAGUGGAGUCAGAGCAGAACGAGUUCAUCGACCAGUUCAUCCUGCAGAAAUAAGGAUGUGAUCUGGACGAGCAGAACACAUGUGGCUUCUGCGGUCGCAUUUCCAGAGUGCCUGUCCUGUUUUCUCUGAGUGAUGCCCACUUCAGAGAAUUACUCUGCUGCAAACCCAAAGCUCCAACUCCAUCUUAAGACAGCUUUACACCUCCUGUUUCAUUGGACAACCAUCUCUUAAAGCUUGGAGUGUGAAGCAACAGCUAGCUCUGCCUCUGGAUAGCAGCAUUUAAGAUUUACAGUGUUGUAAGCUUGAAUAUGUUUGGGAAGUUCAGCUCACACCAAAUGUCUCACAUCAAGAUCUCAGACCAACAUAGAAGGAAGAGAGAGCUAUUUAUAUAUGAAAGAACAUUAUUUAUACUAUUUAUACUGAAAAAUUACUCUGUAUAUCUAGUUUUAUUAAUUUUCGUAUCAGUUAAUAAACUGCAUGUUGCAUGCAUCUGUAAAUAAGUUUUGGCUUUGAAAAUAGAAAAAUGACUUCAUUUCCACAUCUGUAAGUUUUUGUGUUUUUUUUGGUACAACCACUCUGUGGGAACAGUACAUAAGAAAUACAUUCCUUUCUUUUUCAGAUACACGUUCUUUAUCUCUGUUAUAUGUAUCGUUGUCUCAUGCAUUAAUUUGACAAAUGGUUAUACUUGAAUAAAUACUGUACAUUGCACAAUAAAAUGUGUCAUUUUUGCUGUCAACAUGGUGGAGAGGCCAGGGAGCAAAUUUUAACAUUGUGCUAUUAUGUGUUGUUUUAAUAAAGAUUCCUUGA